AUGUUCACAAUCGCACAAAGGGCACAAGAUGUCACUGGGCUCAUGACGACAACUAUGUUUGUUAUGGCCAUAGUGGUGUCGGUUAUAUCAUUUAUACAAUUGAAUGUCGAGGGAUACCAAAGCAUUCCAGGGGAGUUGGUUGUCAGAGGUACCCACAAUUCGGUAAGGUACUCUAGAAAUUAUGGUGGAAAGUCGGGAAGGGGUAAGGAGAACGUGAAGCUUCGGUUUGACUUGAACGCAGAUCUCACACCGCUAUUCAAUUGGAACACUAAGCAAGUGUUUGUCUACUUGGUGGGUGAAUAUGACGGCCCUGACAAUGCCGAGGGAAUUAAGAACCUAGAGGAGCACUCUAAAGUUGUCUUCUGGGACCAUAUCAUACCCGACGCUAAUCAUGCUCAGCUCUCUCUUAAAAACAAAAAGAGCAAGUACUCUGUCUACGACUACUAUCCAACAUUGGAAAACAGAACUGCAUCCGUUAAGCUUGAAUUUAAUGUGCAACCUUGGAUCGGACCUCUUAUAUGGGGAACAUUGAACACAGAGGACGAGGUUACAUUCCAUAAACCAAAGUCUAAGAAGAAUUAG